AUGGAGAGGAAGGCGAGAACAACGACACCAUCUUUGGAAAAAGAAGGGAGUCCUCUCAGAGGCAUUUUAUGCGUGAAAACCAUCCAAGACAUGAAGAGAUUCGAGGAAACAGAGGACUGCUUCAUCCUCGAUUUCAAUCCUUUUGAUUCAUUCGACGUUAAAAGACUCAACUUUUCUGGUGAUAAAGAUCUCGCCAUCAUCCAUGAGACAGGACAGGUUGCUUGUAGAGAUUACCCACAUCCAAGACAUCUAUGCUUGAAUUUUCCAUUUGGAUCAACUUCUAAUGCAACUCACUGUGAGAUGUGUUACUGUUACGUGUGCGAUAAGCCUGCUCCUUGUGCACAGUGGAAGUCUUCGCAUUGCAAUGCUUCAGCGGACUCUAUGGAGCGGAAGCUGAAGCUACUGACCAUUGAGAGUGGGAACUCUUACUAUGACUCCGAUUACGAUGAAUAUGACUCCGAUUACUAG